AUGGAUCCUAUUAUCUAUAAAGCAGCGGCACAAGGCAACCUGGAGGCCUUUGAACAAUAUGAUCAUAUCUCCCAUCCACUUGAUGGAUUUUUGACAGUUAAUCAAAAUACAAUCCUACAUAUUUGCAUUUCAAGUAUCCUUGUUGAAGAAGAGUUUCCCGCUACUGGAGGAACUAACCAAGCCACAGCGGCAAAAUUUGUGAAAGAUGUACUAGGCAAGUGUCCGUCACUUUUAUUGAAAGCCAAUGCGGAAGGUGAUACUCCGUUACAUGUGGCGGCAAGGUAUGGGCAUGCUUCCAUAGUCGAAGUCCUGAUUGAACAUAAAAAAUCCCAACAUCAAGAUCUCGAAAGUGGAGUACGCGUUGAAGCUACUACGGAGAUGAUUGCGAAGCUGAACAAUGAGAGAGACACGACCUUACAUGAGGCUGUACGUCACAAUCACAUUGAAGUGGUAAAACAGUUACUAAUGGAGGUAGAUCCAGAAUUUUCGUUUGGUGCUAAUGUUGCUGGUGAGACCCCACUUUACUUGGCUGCCGAGAGACACUUUCCAGAUUUGGUAUCUGAAAUUUUGAACACAUUCCAAUCACCAGCUUAUAAUGGCCCCUUGGGUAGAACGGCUUUGCAUGCCGCUACAUUUUCAAAUGAUGCAGGAAUGACCGAAAACAUUUUGAAAAGAUCAUAUGGACGUGAUCUAUGUAAACAAGUAGACCAAAAUCGUUGGACUCCGCUUCACAUGGCUGCAUACACGGGUAACAUUGAGCCAACAAAACUAUUGCUGGAAUUUGAUAGAGAGGUAGCAUAUAUGAAAGACGCAGAGGGUAGGAUAGCUCUUCACAUUGCAGCUCAUCGCAACAAAGAAGGAGUAACAAAAGAGAUUAUAUCAAUGUGUCCAGAUUGUUGCGAAGUGGUUGACAAUAAAGGCCGCAACGCACUCCAUCUCGCCCUGAUGACCAACUUGUGGCCAGAUGUAGCGCUAGUGAUACAAGAUAAUUCGUCUCUCCGGAAUCUUUUGAAUCAGAAGGACAACGACGGGAAUACACCUCUCCAUCACUAUUCCAUUUCUGCUCGUUACCACGACCGUGUCCUGAAUUCUCCAAGAGUUGACAAAAUGGUCUUCAACAAAAAGAACCAGAAUGCUUAUCGAGUCUUAAGAAGAAAAGACGGUGGUGUUGAUAGGGUAACGUAA